UCAACCGAACCUAACCUAGCUAACUAGCUUCAGUAGCACUGGUAGCAAGUUGAGAGACAAGCCUUGUCAACAUUAGUAGCAGUGUGACACAGUUCAGGCGUUUAUUUCUGCCUACGGAGCGAUUCAAGGACUGUGCGCGUAUUUUCUCCCAAACAGCGGAGCUUUGGACUUCAAACUGGGGUUUUCAUCUCGUUUUUGUACACUUUGCUAGCACUGGCUUCCACUCUGUUUGACUCACUGGGCUCUAGAGGGGGGCCCGUCCGAGCAAGGGUCCAAACUGUAGCUCCAGGUCCCCUCUGUCGUGUGUUAGUACCUCUGGAGACUCUCAGCUUGGCCAGCUAAGAUGUCCUCCAUCUUGCCAUUCACCCCUCCCGUGGUGAAGAGGCUGCUGGGCUGGAAGAAGUCAUCCAGCGGUCAGGGUGGAGCAGGUAGUGGAGAGCAGAAUGGGCAGGAGGAGAAGUGGUGCGAGAAGGCUGUGAAGAGCUUGGUGAAGAAGUUAAAGAGGACAGGCCAGCUGGAUGAGCUGGAGAAAGCUAUCACAACACAGAACUGCAACACCAAGUGUGUCACCAUCCCCAGCAAUUGCUCUGAAAUAUGGGGACUGAGUACACCAAAUACGAUAGAACAGUGGGAUACAUCAGGCCUAUACAGCUACCCUGACCAAACCAGAUCGCUGGAUGGCCGCUUGCAGGUCUCCCACAGGAAGGGGCUUCCCCAUGUUAUCUAUUGCCGCUUGUGGCGGUGGCCCGACCUUCACAGCCAUCAUGAGCUGCGUGCCAUUGAGGCAUGUGAGUAUGCCUUCCACCUCAAGAAGGACGAGGUCUGCAUCAAUCCCUACCACUACCAGAGGGUGGAGACGCCAGUGCUGCCUCCAGUUCUUGUGCCAAGACACUCGGAAAUCUUGCCAGAGCUGCCACCUCUGGAUGACUACACUCAUUCCAUACCUGAGAACACAAACUUUCCGGCAGGAAUUGAACCUCCAAACAACUAUAUACCAGAGACACCUCCUCCAGGCUACAUCAGUGAGGAUGGGGAGGCCAGCGAUCAACAGAUGAAUCAAAGUAUGGACACAGGUUCUCCAGCUGAGCUGUCCCCCAGCACUCUGUCUCCUGUCAAUCACAACUUGCAGCCUGUGACGUACUCGGAGCCGGCAUUCUGGUGCUCUAUAGCGUACUACGAGCUAAACCAGCGUGUAGGGGAGACGUUCCACGCCUCUCAGCCUUCACUGACAGUUGAUGGAUUCACAGAUCCAUCAAACUCGGAGCGUUUCUGCCUGGGACUGCUGUCUAAUGUCAACAGGAACGCCACUGUGGAGAUGACCCGGAGGCACAUAGGAAGAGGAGUUAGACUCUACUACAUUGGAGGGGAGGUAUUUGCUGAGUGCCUGAGUGAUAGCGCCAUCUUUGUCCAGAGUCCAAACUGCAACCAGCGGUAUGGCUGGCAUCCAGCAACAGUGUGUAAAAUCCCUCCAGGUUGUAAUCUAAAAAUCUUCAACAACCAGGAAUUUGCAGCCUUGCUGGCUCAGUCAGUCAACCAGGGCUUUGAGGCAGUUUACCAGCUCACUAGGAUGUGCACCAUCCGUAUGAGCUUUGUUAAAGGCUGGGGAGCCGAGUACAGGCGGCAAACUGUAACAAGCACUCCUUGUUGGAUAGAGCUGCAUUUGAACGGCCCCCUGCAGUGGCUGGACAAGGUUCUAACCCAGAUGGGUUCCCCGUCUGCACGUUGCUCCAGUAUGUCCUAAACAGCUAAGGAAAUACCCCAAAAAAAACUCAGCCCAUUACAAAGAUCAUUAAAUUUUAAACUUGUGAGACCUCUCAUGAAAAAAAAAAAUGGAAACCCAACAUCUUCAUAGUAUUUGUGGCCCAGUUCCACAUCCCUCUUUAAACCCUAUACAUGCACGCACACACACAUACAGAUACAUACACACAAGAACAAACGCAACUACACUGUCGUAUUCACACACAUACACACACAUAUACAGACUUUUCAGUUAAAAAAAGAAAUUGGCACUUUGUUACCAUCUAUGUCAUGCACCUUGUUAAAAUUGCUUUCCCCCAAAUCCUUAAUAUUAGAUCUAUUUGUGGUACAAAUGAAAUGUAUAUUGGUUCUUAGUCCAGGAAGUAGGGGAAAUACCAAAAAUAUCUGUGAAUAGUUUCUCAGUAUUGAAGAUUGCUUGUGUGAGUAACAGGAGCUCGGACGCUAAAAUGAUUUUCGUUCCAGCCCAACCCCAACCAUUGUUCUGAACCUUAGUUUACGUUUUCUCUGGGAAACUCGGCCCCAUCAUUAGUGAAGGGGGAGGAGUCUCGGUGAAGAAACGAUGGCCUUGGUGGCCGUUCUCCUGAGGGAAAACGCCACAGUGUGUUUAUUGAAAUUUGAUUGCAUCGACUUUUGUCCUUUUGGUAACUCUUAAUGUGUGUCUUUAUAAGACAUGCAUCUUAAUGGACAAAUAGGAAUGUUAGUUUAAAAACAAAAUCAGAAACCCCUAAACUACAAACUUAUUCUGGCUGAAGAAUAUUUCUUUAUAAAUAACAAGGCACCCUGUGUGUUGUUGAUUUAUUUGACUCACAUCCCCACUCAACAGCCUGGUUUGGAAGCAAAGAGAUGUUGGCCACUGGGCAGGGACCAGAGAAUAUCAGCUGUUAUGUAAUAGCUUUUUUUUUUUUUUGUUCCAUUUUUAAAUGACACCGGGAGUCCUGGGGCUCUCCAAGGUGAAGCUUUAAAUGUCUCACCAGGAGAAAUUGAAGGUAUCAAUAAAUUCAUUCUGUUUUUAGCCUAUAUCCCCAUUGUUUUGCUACUUUUUUGUAUUCUCAUGUAUUUUUAUAUAUAGGUAUACUUAAAUUUUUCUGUCGUUCACUUUUUAUUGAAGUAAUAUUUUCAAGACCACAGUUGUUUUUAAAAGUGACAGGAAGGGCGUGGAUCAUUCCUUCAUUUUUACCCAAAUUGUUCAAUUUGAACUCAUUUCCAAUAUCAGCUCUUUGUCUUGGUAAAAGAAAAAAAAAAAGAAAAUCACUGCCCCACAUGACGUGUAGCCUGUUUGUAUCCGUUUUGUGUUGUUUUUUGUUCAUUUUUUUUUUUUCAGCAAAGAAAUACGGUGUUGUUAGUACACAAAACAAUACUGAUUUGCCUGUAACCCAAAAUGGACUUCCUGUAAUGGUUUCAAUGAUUCCAGAGGCAUGUUAAAACUUUGUAAUGGCCAUUCAGUCACUCAUCUCUUCACUACUACUACUUUUUUAAAACACACGUGACCUCUUGUAGACUUUGGUGCUCUGUCAAGCAGGUUCAGGUCAACCAGAUGUAAUUAAUUGGCUUUUAAAAUGUUACACAACCAUGGGAGGAGAGUAGUUUUCUUCCGUGAGAAAAGAAGAGUGAAUGUGCCUGCCCAGGUGACAUUCUGUAUUAAUGAGUGUAUUGUAUUUGUUCUGUCUACAAAAUACAGUAUGUACAACAAGACUUAACUCUGCCAUUUUUGUCAUUAUGUGGCUGUUGCGAGUUUAACUUGUCCCAACCCUCUUCCCCUCUUUUUGAUGUAAAUGUGUUUACCUUAUGGCACUAGUGAUUGUACUUGAGGUGCACCUAGUGGUGUUUGGAUUUGGGGAACUGAACCAUGUGUUAGGGUCCAGUGUUACAUUGUUUUUAUCUUUGACCUACAACAUAUGAAUGUGAAAAAAAAAAUGACAUUACAAAAACUGACGUGGACCAGAUGACGUACAUAUACAUAACAGUAGUACAGUAUGUGUGUAUUAACAGUAAUCUUUUUGCAAAGCAGUCAGUACAGUAGAUGUUGCAGUUGUUUUACCAGUAGAGGGCGGUGUUGAUAGAGCAGUUCUUUUUUUUUUUUUUUUUUUUUUCUGACCAUAAGCUUCUCAGGCGUGUGGCAUAUUAUGCAGACUUCAUAAAACACUAAUAAAGAUUUUUAUUCUCAUGAA